AUGCCAGCGACAUGGCAAGCUCAACAUCUGAAUGCACCGCCAGAUGACGAUGACGAGGUUGCGUUCGGGCAAGGUCGCGACCCCGAGGCACCAUCCAAUCAACAGGAACCUGCGCUGCAUAGAGAAAUAUCUGCAACCCCCACAAUGCUGGAAAGUGACCAGAUUCAACAACAAAACUACGUGCGUUUGUAUAUACUGGAAGCGACACCACACUUGUCAACCGCACCAUUCGUAAUGGACGGCGCCAAGCACUUAACGGCGAUUCUCAAUUUCUACCUCGCGGGAACCCUCGUGGUCGUCACCGUGUCAACCAAGGAGCAUUGA